AUGGCCAAAGGACGACGCUACAUGGUGGACAAGACAGGCCAAGAACAAAGAAGGGAUGGCCGACCAAGCCCUCACGAAGGCGUGGGGUACGCUUUCUAUGGAGGCAAAGAAGGCCAUCGAAGAAGCAGGAUGGAAGCCGCGGACGAUGGAGCCGGGGCCCAUUUGGCCCCCGGGACUACCAGGCAGUGGAUCGCAAACCGAAAGCAUGAGUACCACGAGGCCAUUGAAACGGUGUGGCAGGGAGCUGAGCCCGCAGUGCAAAGGCUGCUCAGAGCAGCGGGUAUUCCCCCGCCAGGGGACUACAAGCCUGAGGACGAGACGCCAAAGCAGGAGCUCAGCCGCCAUGUUGGUACAUACAGAAGGACGACAAACAAGCUGAGAUCACUCAUUGAGAAGAAGGUCCGGCUUCAAGACAAAACGGAGAAGAUCAAGAGUGAGUUCGAGCAGGCCAUGAAGCAGCUUGCGCAAGUCAGCCAGGCCAUCCAGGCCACGGAGCUGGAGGUAGCGGAAGCACAGAAGAAGGUACAAGCCUGUGUGAAAGAUGAAGAGGACUCGCCAUACAAGGACGUCGCGUCCUACCUGGAAAAGGAAGGGAUCAUCCUGUCCGAGGAGCAAGCGGAGGCGCUCAAAACGAGGAUGGCGGUCAAGGUCGUGGAGACAGAUUGGACGGGAGUCUUGGGACAAAGAGAGCCGGGCAUGCCAGCCGAACUAGGCAUCUAUGGGCCGAUGCGCAUGCUGGGACAGGAGCGGAGGGGCCGACACCUCAGGGCAGCUCCUGGUCCGAACAGCCAAAAUCUGAAGGCAAGACAAGUAGAGGAGUCUCAAUGGGGAGACUCUGAUAUCUCUUUUGAUGGUGGCCGGAAGCAGUGUUACGGGGACAUUGUAUGGUCACAGGCACAUGGGGAAGGCAGUCAAGCUGUGUUUAGUACCCAGGUGCCUAGUACAAACAGCACAGUGGAAGACAGCCAAGAGAGCUGGAGUCCAGUUACGAGGGGUCCGGAGCCUGUCCGAGCUGUGGACAGCAGUUGGGCGGUCACAGGGCCCAGAUACUUCCAUAUUACAAGGGAAGACAUCGAAGAGGAAUGUGAGCAUUCGGCCUCGCGAGAAGCUGAGGGAAGCCAAACACAGAUGAGAGACCAUGCAGCGGUUAGAGGGGCGAACAUGAAGGCCUCGCAGGAAGCUGAGGAAAUACGAUUCUCGGCCUCGCCGUGUGCUGAGGGUCGCAGAGGAAAACAAAAGCCCAAGAAGCGGAAAGCAAAACCCACGGAACCACCAAAAGAUCUGCCACAGGAGUGGCAAACGCUAUGCCAAGUGGUGGGUAGAUAUGAUGCUUCCAGUGAGGCUGCCGCACUCGACGCCAUUGAGAAGCUGGAAGAGCAGGAACUCAACCCGCUACAACAACGAGCAUGCCACGAAGUGCUUCGUUCCUUUGUGGAGCAGGACGCACAAUAUGCCAAAUGGAUCUUGGCAGAUGUGGCAAGUGGGUAUCGCCAAGAUGAUAAGGCCGAAUGCAUCAAAAUCACAGCGGCUAACAUCACCAGCUGGAGGAAACCCAUAGCGGCAUGGAUACACGAACUAGGACCGGACCUGGUGGUGCUGCAGGAAACCCAUCUCAAGACGGAGGGUAUCCAGCAAGCCAUGAGCCAUUGCCAAGAUAUGGGAUACACCUUCAUUGGCAUGCCAGGCAGUACAAAAAUUAAGGGUGUACAAGGAGGCCUGGCAGUGGUGGCACCCCGACAUAGGAACCUGCGAUACCUUACCGAGUAUGGGUCAGGACCGGCGGGCUUCCUGGCAUGUGCCAUGAGAAACAAAGGCUGGGAUUUGAUCAUCGUCAGUCUGUAUUUGGAGAGCGGGGUCGGAUUCCAGGCUCCAAACAAUAUCCAAGUACUGGCGAGACUGAUAGCCUUUCUCAAGGGCUGCAAAGUGCCAUAUAUGGUGUUGGGUGAUUGGAAUGAAGCCCAGGAUACCAUGAGGGGCACAACUCUGGCGACAGAAGUUGGUGGUGCAUUUGUUGGAGUGGGGGAACCAACGGCCCAAGGAUCGGACGAAAUCGAUUACGGGCUGGUUGCGAAAUGCUUGGUGCCCAUCCUGCAAGUGAAAACGGAUUGGGAAACCCCUUUUCGGCCUCAUGCUGCGAUGCAUUGGAGGGUAGCCCAACCGUGCAGUAGCCCUGAUGUUCCCCAGAUGAAGAAGGCGGGAGCACUGGUGACGGAGACUGUGGAAUACGAACCAGUUCAAAACACACAGAGCAUCAACAUCUUGGAUGAACCCAAGAUGGAAGAUGAGCUCAGUGAGACAUUCGCUCACCUGAGUGCCGGUGUGGAGAGGUCGAUCACAGGCCGAAUCGACGGUAUGGGUGUUAAAUCGGAGAUUGUCCGGAAGAAGUUGGUGGUCAACAACCCGGAGAACGUUGUCUGGACAGGCAAGAGGGCGGCCUUUUGGAACCGGGUCCAACAAUGGGUCAAACAAGGCAGACAUCAUGGCGAUGCGCAUCCGGUGGCGCGUCUGGUCCAACGCAGGCUCGGCGAGUAUUACGAGGGUGAUGCGCAGAACCAGGAGGAUAUGCUCGUGAGUAUCCUGGGCCGGGGUACGGACGCUAGACUUGUUCUGAAGCGCAUCGACGAACAGCAAUGCUACGCGAGAAAGGCGGAUAUGGAGGAGACAGCCCACCAGUACAAGCAAUGGCUCAGCAAGGCCAUGGAAAAGGGCAUGCGACCAUUAUACAAUGCCUUGCGAAAAGAAGAACAAGUGGUACAAAGACCCUACAUGGAGUAUGACAUGCUGGAACGGCCACACAUUCGCCGAGACCACUGGGCGGCAGUGUGGACGACGGGCCAGCCGUUGGCAAAAUCGGCCUCGCUCAUGACGGAGCUUGAGGAUGCAGCCAAAAAACAAGCGGCCAGCGUGGAGCCGCUGAACCCUGUCGAGGUCAAGGCAAGGAUCAAAAAACUGGCACUAAAGAGCCCGGGGCCGGAUGGCUGGAGGAUUGACCAUUUGCAGGCCAUGGACGACAAAGCAGUUGAAGCCGUUGUGUCCUUCUACCAUGAAUGUGAGGCCAAGGCAGCAUGGCCGCAGCAAAUGACAGUCUCCCUUAUAGCAAUGCUGCCGAAGAAUCUGACCCGGGAAAGACCAAUCGCCUUGCUACACAUCCUGUACAGGACCUGGGUCCGUUUGCGAUGGGAUUUGGUAAGUACUUGGCAGGCAGGCUAUGCCACAACUGCCACGUACGACAAGGCAGUCCCAGGCAGUUGCUGCUUGGACGUGGCCGUAGGCAGACUACUGCGAAAUGAGGUGGCGAAGACAAAUGGUGUGUAUGUGGUGUCACUCUUUGUGGACCUCGAGUCCUUUUUCGAUACCAUCCAAUUUCAGCAAUUGAUCACGGCAGCAACGGCCCUGCAAUAUCCACCGCUAAUCCUGAAGAUGGCACUGGAAGUGUACAUGGGUGCCAGAUAUUUGGUGGCGGAUGGGGUGCUGUCGGCAGGCAUCAGAGCUACGAAUGGCGUGCAAGCGGGUUGCCCAGCGGCGCCAUCGUUGGCAAAGGUGGCAUUGCACCCGGUGAUAGAUAAGAUCCAAAGGCGACGAGAUGUGGCAAACGUGGAUUGUUGGUUGGAUGAUGUCUCAAUUGACAUCCAGCAUAAGUCCUUUAAACAAGUGGCGGAUAGUGCGAUACGAGUCUACCGCAGCUUAAAGGACGGGAUGGACGCUAAUGGUUUCACGAUUUCAUCCAAGAAGACAGGGUUUGUGGCCAGCAGUACCCAGGCGAGCAAGCACCUGCGAGAACUCCUGUUGCCUCAUGAGCCACAGGUGUACGACGUGAUGCGUGACUUGGGCGUCGACAGUACAGGGGGGCGAAAGCGUCGCUUGGUGACGUCGGCAACGCGGGCCAAGAAAGCCCAUGCGAGACAUAGCAAACUGUCCAGGCUGGGGCCGCCGCCCAGCACUAAACUCCGCGUGGUCAAGGCAGCGAUCACAUCCGUUGCUUUGUGGGGGCACCCCUCUGUGGGGGUAUCACCCAAAAGAAUGAAAUGGCUCCGAACAGUGGUAGGAAAACAACUGGGUAAAUACAAGCUUGGGAGUUUGGAAACCAUCUUGGACAUGGGAGCCAAGAAAUGCCAGGAUCCAAAGCGCACAAUCCACAAGCAGCAUUUCAAGGUGGUGGCCAAAGUUUUCCGUGCAUGGAUUGGUGGCGGAAAAGCCCACUUUGACUUGGCCUGGAAAACCACUUGGAAGAGGUUGAGUGCGGCCAAACACCACUGGCCACUGGUCACGGGACCGAUGGCAGCAACCAUGGCGUACUUAAUGGAUCUGAAGGUGGAUGCCAGUGACCCAGGCAAAUGGAAGAGAGGAAGUGUCCUCAACGUUGAUUGGACCCAGCCACGCAUGGGUAGCCUCGCCUACAAAUGGCUUGAGGGAUUCCUGGAGGAACAGAAACGGGCUGCAAUAGCGCGACAGGCAGGUGGCGCUGGUGCCCAAGAGGGGCUGGAUUGGACGCCGCAUCACAAGCUGACGAAGCUGGGAGGCCUAAGCCCAGGCCUUAUGGAAGGUAUAAAGUCAGUGUGGCACGCGGGCGUCAUCACGGAGUCCAAGCCAGGAUGGUGCAAGAAGUGCCAAAUGCCAGCAACUCUGGAGCAUGUCCUCAAGGAAUGUCCUUACUGGCGUGAACAAGGGUUCAAAGAACCCAAGCUCCAGGAAUACUUGCGUCACAAAUACCCAUGGGAGUGUCUGUGGACAAGGGCACUCCUGCCAAAGCCGGCGGUGUGGCACCCGAAGCCGCCGGAACACCUUUUAGGUCUGCGCUACCAAGGAUGCUUCGCAGCUGAUGCAAAAGUGGAAGCGGAAGGCUUGAUCUUCGCCACUGACGCAAGUGGAGGUCCAGGAGGAAUAGACCCACGUGUACAAACAUCAGCCCUCGCAGUGGUGGCUAUGUCCUGGACAAAAGGUGUCCUGGUGGAAGUCGGACGGAUUACAGAGCUGGUCUACCCGUGGCAGCCGGUGGUGGACAUGGAGCGCCGUGCACUUUUCCGACUAAUGGAGCACACGGAGGAUCUGAUUGAUGUCACUAUGGAUUGCAAGCCGGCAGUCCAAGUGCUACAAAAAACACAACCGCCGGAGGAUGACCUGGAAUGGAGCAAAGUGUGGAAUGACAGGAAACGUAUCAAGGCAACAUGGGUCCCGUCCCACAAAACUGAAGAGGAAUUCCUGGCGAAGAUGGGGCCGGGUACGUUGUGGCGACGUGCAGCGAAUGACAUGGCAGACAAAGUAUGUGGAGCAGUGGCGGCGGCUGCUUACAGCCCAGCGCACAAGAGGCGUGUCAAAGAGUUGGACAAUGUGGUGCGCACACUUUCCCUGGCGUACGGUGCACGCGCAGCCCACAUAUUGCGGAAGCGCAAAGAAGAAGACUUCCCCUUCAUCCUGGACCAUGCGCAUUACAAAGAGAAGAUGGAAGCCUCGCAGAAAGCUGAGGGAUGCAAAAAAGAGCAGGGCAGCGCCAAACUCAACAAACGCCAGCGGCUUUGGCAGUUGCUUAAAAACCCGGAGCGCGGGCAUCAAUGGGAGAAGGGCAGCGAACACCCCCGGAAUUUAACACUGAAAUGUCAACUGUGCGGGUUGUAUGUACAACAAACCCUCACGAACUUGGAGGUGGUCUUGGAGCAGUACUGCGUCAACCAGCCGGAGGCGCGAGUGCGUGAAGAGUGGGGUAUCCACCCCUCCCAUAAUAUGGUGAAUUUGGGAAUCCGUUGGGUUUGCACAAAGUGUGACAGAACACAUGCACCGGUCAGCCAGAAGUGCAAUAAAAGCCUGGCGGGUGAGUGCAAAUCGCGGACUUCUCAAGGCAAGCUGGCUACCCAAGCGCAAACCCUUGUCAAUGGUGGAAGUAUGAGCAACGUCCAGUUUCAACAGCCUCGCGUGCGAAUCAAAUUGGAGGAUUCGUGGAAACCAAUUUUGGAGGAGCAGUUCCUGGAAACAGACCCCAAGAGGGCAAACUACACUCACCUAAAAGCGGCGUGUCGCAGUCUCGCUCGCUGCAGCACAAGGAACGAUUGGGUCUACCAAGCGGAGACCUACCUCAGUGAAGAGCGGAAGCAACUGAAUCGGCCGGACAAAGGCAAGGGCAAAAGCAAGAACAAGCAGAAGGAUCAGCCCCGUGAACGUUCCCCGCUUCGACAGGCCAGACACCCGGAGCAGCCUUGGGAUAGUGAAGAGGAGAGAGCUUCGGAAUCUCCGGUGGGUCCGGUACGCCUACGGGAGAGAGGAGAAGACAGUACGGCCUCGCAUCAAGCUGAGGGUGUCAAUGAAGAGCAAGAGGCAAGCCAGCCUCGUACAGUCACGCUGGCGGAAGGGCCAGGUGCCCACAAUAUGGCCUCGCAGGAAGCUGAGGGAAAGGAGAAAAAGGUGCGGGGCGCACUCGACGAGGAUAUGCUCUGGAUCGGCUAUGGGACCCUGUGGGCAGGAUGGAUUGGAGUCCUUUUCGACGAAGCAGUGGAGGGUUACUGCCACCACUACUUCUAUGGAAGUAUCAUCCGCAGGGCAGAGCUGUUCAACACAUGGUGGCAGGAACAUCGCCAUGAAGCCGGGGUCCUCAGACAGUCCCUGUUUUACCUGGUGGCUAUAACGUCAUGGCUGACCAUGCAAGGAGUUGCUCUAUCGGAUAUCACGGUGAGCAACGUUGGGCGCGACCCAAUGUCAGGAUCGCUACCACGGGCAGUGUUCUUUGACACGGCGGAGUGGACGACGCUGCAGGAGGAGAGAUACAAGAUAUCAUGCGGCCUCGUACGCCUCCUGGAGAAAUAUGAUGAGGAGUUACUGGCAACCAUACGUGGAUUGGUCAGAACGUACGACGGCAAGGCCAGCGCGCUUUGGAUGGCAACAGACAAGAAACAUGGAUAG